AUGGUCUACUCUCAAAUCCUCGCCCUAGCAGCUCUGCCUGCAACAUUCGCCCUCCCCAACCCACAAAUAUUCAAUCCGCCGCACGAGACGCGUUACUGCGCAGUAGUCGACAAAACAGAGGAGGUCAACGGUCCAAGCUGGCAGACCGGACGCAGUGUUGACGGCGGAGGUGCUGUCACCUUCGAGUCCGGCCACUCCACCGCCUUCCAAUGGCAGGUCGGCGGCGAAAUCGGCCUUUCAGGGGGCACUCCCGUCAGUCUCGCUGGUGGCUUUGGCUUCAGCGUUGCCGAGCAGGUCACGGAUAGCAUCGCAGAGGCGUCCGAUGCGGAAUGUCCCGAGGGACCAUGGCACUGCAGCGCAAUAUAUUAUCCAUGGGGCGUCAAAGUAAGCGGGCACAUGCAGAAGCAAGGUCCAAGUGAUGGCUGUGAGACGGAAUCGCUUGGUAGUUUCACGCAUGAUAUUGAGGAUGGGCAAGCGUGGGAGGCGUGGGUUCCUAAGAAAGAUGCGGGAGGCGUUGGAUUCGGGACGGUGGAGGUAUGCACGUGCCAGAAUCUUGAGCACUGGGCUGAUGAUGGGCAUCCCGCUCUCCUGUGUCCGGAGCAAUGCGCUAAGGGUGCUGACUCGAAGUGA